UCAUUUCCUCAGAAUCUUCUACGCUUUCGUUCUAGAAAUUUCAAGAAAACGCUUCGUAACGGAGCAAUAUUAGUCAGAAUUCUGCUCAGAACGAGAACAGUUGUAAAUUCGAUAGUUAUUAUUGCAUAUAAACCCAAGAUCGCGUACCUUUGCUCAUUUAUUCAGGUCGUGUUGUGACCAGUUGAGUCUGUGACUGGGCAAUCAUGGUGAAGGAGACAAAGUACUACGACACGUUAGGUGUUAAGCCUAGUGCUACACAAGAGGAACUGAAGAAAGCCUACAGAAAACUUGCACUCAAAUAUCAUCCGGACAAAAACCCAAAUGAAGGAGAAAGGUUCAAGCUCAUCUCACAAGCAUACGAGGUCUUAGCCGACGAAGAUAAGCGGCAAAUUUACGAUAAAGGCGGUGAAGAUGCAAUCAAAGAAGGUGGCACCGGUGGUGGCUUCAACUUCCACUCGCCGAUGGACAUCUUCGAUAUGUUCUUUGGCGGCGGUGGACGAGGAGGUGGAAGGCGGGGGCCGCGUAAAGGCAAGGAUGUCGUCCACCAGUUGAGUGUCACGCUGGACGACCUUUACAAUGGAACGACCCGCAAGUUGGCGCUGCAGAAGAACGUGAUAUGUAACAAGUGUGAAGGUCGUGGAGGAAAAAAAGGUGCCGUUGAAUCAUGCCCUAACUGUCGAGGUACUGGCAUGCAGGUGCGGGUCCAGCAGCUGUCUCCAGGCAUCGUCCAGCAGGUACAGUCAAUGUGUUAUGAGUGUCAAGGACAGGGAGAGAGAAUCAACCAGAAAGAUAUGUGUAAGAACUGCUCCGCGAAGAAAGUGGUUCGGGAACGCAAGAUUCUUGAGGUUCAUGUUGAUAAAGGGAUGAAAGACGACCAGCAGAUUCGCUUCAGUGGGGAAGGAGACCAGGAGCCUGGCUUGGAACCUGGUGAUAUCCUCAUCGUUCUCGACGAGAAGCCUCAUUCCGUUUUCAAGCGUCAAGACCAAGACCUCUUCAUGAUCAUGGAACUGGAGCUGGUGGAGGCUCUGUGUGGAUUCCAGAAGACUGUUACUACGUUAGAUAAUAGGAGCUUAGUGAUCAAGGUUAUACCAGGUGACGUCAUCAAGGAGGGUGACCUCAAAUGUAUAUACGGUGAAGGAAUGCCACGCUAUAAGAACCCGUUCGAUAAGGGCCGCUUGAUCAUCCGUUUCAAGGUGAACUUCCCCAAACCUGGGUUCCUCCCAGCGACCAAACUACCCCAGCUAGAGAAAAUACUCCCUGAGCGACAGGAAGUGAUUAUUCCUGACUCGGCGGAGGAGUGCACCUUGACGGAGUUUGAUCCUUCUCAAGAUGCUGGUAGAGGGAGCCGGGGUGAGGCAUACCAUGAGGACGACGAUGAGAUGGGCGGUCAACAGAGAGUGCAGUGUGCAUCACAAUAACCAUGGUGUUGUUAGGAGACUUUAAAUUGAUGGAUUGAAGCGACAAGUGGGGUGGGUCAUAUGUGGAUUUUACAUACGAAAUGGCUUCAAGCUGGGUAGUGACUUUACCAGACAGUUAUUCAAAGGUCACUAAGUGGGUAUGAUAUAUUUGUCUUAAAUUUGUAAGCAAUGUCCGAGACUAUCUUGUAAACUCUAGCAUGAGUGAUUUAUGAGGGAGGCAAGGUGUGUUCUGUAUGAUGUGUGGCGGAGCCUAGUGGCGAUGAGUGGUACAACCCUGCAACCACCUCAGUUGCGUGACCUUGUUGUCCCUUUAGUUUCACGGGUGAUUUCCGUCAUGACAAGAUUCAUAGAAACAGCUGAGAAUGACGCGUGAAUCGCAGCAACCCGGGUGAGUUUUGGAGAAUUUGAAAUACUUAAAAAAGAGACAAGGUGCAAGAAUUAACCGUUACCUCUGUUAUUAUUCUCAAAAUCCCUUUGUACAAGAGUGUGCCGCUGACAAUCGGAGAUACUGCCAAAGUUCUGUUGCCGUUCUAAUACAAGACUCGAGCAAAUGGAAAUUGUUGAAAAAGAAGUGAAUACUUGGCAGUUUGCAGUCCAUGCCGUAGACAUUUUCGAGGUCAUGCACGUCCUGUGAUUGUGAUGUAUGGCGUGUCAUGUUAUGAAUUUUGUAAUCCCACUGUAUAUUACAUGUACGUAUGGGGCCUAACUCCAAUAUGUCACAUGGGGCCUAACUCCAAUAUGUCCCAUGGGACCACACUGUAAGCCUGCCAAUUUCGGCUCCUCUUUUCCACAGCUCAUUAGUGAGGGGCUUUACACCAAAAUGUCAAGGAUUAUUUGUCUGUACACCAACUCACGAAAAGAGCACUUUGUAAAUACUGGUGCCACAAUGAAUUAAAUGUCGUGAAAUAAUGAA